AUGGAGAACGAAAGCGACGUCUGCGAAGCGCACGUGUGGCAGGCGGAGGGCGGGCUGACCGAGGCGGCGCUGCUGGAGGUGUUCGCGUGGCUGGGCGGCGCGGAGCUGGCGCGCGCGGGCGCCGUGUGCCGCGCCUGGCGCGCCGCCGCCGCCGCGCCCGCGCUGUGGCGCCGCCUGCUGGCGCGCGCGCCCGGCGCAGCCUCGCUGGACGCGCUCUACGAGAGCCGUGAAUGGCGGUCGGAGUACGUGAACGCGGCGGCGCCCUGGGAGCUGCGCGCGCGCCUGUCCGCGGGCGCGCCGCUGGUGCACGCCGCGCUGGCGCCCGGCGGCGCGCGCCUGGCGCUGGCCACCGACGACGCCGCGGUCCUGAUUUGGGAGCGAACCGAGCAAGACCAGUGGCGCCCGGCGUGGAGCCGCAGCGUGCGCGCGCGCGGCUGGCGGGGCGUGGCGCGCGCCGAGUGGCCGCGCGCCGACAGCCGCCGCCUGCUGCUGGCCGGCCCGCUCGCCGCCGCGCGCCGCUGGGAGCUGCUCGUGCUGCAGCAGCAAGAGCGCGAGGAGGAGUGGUGCGUGGUGAGCCGCGCGGGCUGCAGCGCGGGCGCGGGCGGCUGCUGGGCGGGCGGCGCCGCCUUCGUGGCGCUGGAGCUGCGCCAGCUCGGCGCCGCGCACUACGCCACCACCGUCUGGCUCAACGCGGCCACGCAGGAGACUCAGUCGGAGUACGCAGGGGUGACAACGCCGCUGCUGCGAGUGUACAACGAGGAUAAAGCGACUAUCACGCACGUGGCGGUGGCCGAGGCGCCGCUGGACUGCGCCGGUGACCGGGCGCUCCGUGACUCAAGCCAGGUAGGGCAAUCAAGAACUCACGCCACACUCCAGACACUAGUGUGCGGUUUCAGUGGAACCAGCGGCGCACUGCGUGCGUGGGGUCUGAGCGCCCUCCAGCCGCCGCCGCUCCUCGCGACCGGCGACCUGCGCUCGCGCGCCGCCUCCCGCCGCGCCGCCCGCCGCGCCGCCGCCGCCGACCCCGACGCCGACGCCGCUGAACCAGAACUAGACGAGGCCGCGGUGCGAGCCAUGUGCAUACCUCAUGAGCACGAGUGCCGACUGCCUGGGCCUCUUGUCGGCCUUGUCAUACAAACAGACGGGCGCUGCGCGUGGGCGUGCACGGCGGGCGCGCGCGUCACGUGCGUGGCGCUGCCGGCGCUGCGCGCGCUGCGCUGCCUCGCGCCGCCCGCCCCCGACCCCGCGCCCGCCCUGCUCGACCUUCACUACGUGCAUCCAGCCGUCUCGGACUACUACAUAGUUGCUUACUUGGCGGCGCUGCAGCAGCAAAAAGGUCCCCGUCUCAGCAUGUGUCAAGUGCAUACCACAUGA